GUAGCCAACAGCCCCAGCUUGGACAUUGGUCCGAAGACGCUCAUCGGAGUGGGCGUUGGCCUGGUAGUGGCGGGAGGGGCAAGCUAUUUUCUGUGCCGACGCUACGUGCAAUACCGGGAUGCUAUGCCUCUGAAAUGAAGGCGCGUGGGAACGCUGCAGCAGAUCAACUUAUUUCCGAUCAAGUCCUGUGCUCCAAUCGACUCGACACCAGGAACAGAGUACGACUGCGAUGUGCUUGGAAUGUCAUACGAGGGAAUACGCGAUCGCACGCUAAUGCUGCUCGAUGAAAAUAACACAAUGGUGACGGCACGGGGCUAUCCCCAUAUGAAAUUAAUAAAGUCAAAAAAAAUCUCGGUCAAAGGACUCAUAUUCAGCGCACCGGGAAUGCCCGAGUUGGAGCUUGAUUUCGAUAACUUGGAGAGUCCUGGCCAGAAUUUGCGUACAAUCAUUUGGGGUGCCCCCGUGGAUGCUAUGCUUUGUGGAGACCGUUUCAACAAGUGGUUCUCUCAAUUCAUCUUGAAGAAGGAAACAGGAAUGAAGCUGGUGCACUAUCCGUACCCGAAGGCCGUGAAAAGAGUCUGCGACGACUUGAGGAACAUGCCAUUUAUGCGGAAAGAGGAUUCGGGAACCUUUAACGAUGCGACUAGCUACAUGCUCAUGAAUCUGUCUUCGGUUGACGAUUUGAACACUCGACUAAAGAAUCCCGUUGAACCGCUACAAUUUCGAGGUGGUUUCGAAAUAAAAUGUGACGUGCACGAGCCCUACGCCGAGGAUAAUUGGCAAUGGGUUCGCAUUGGUGAUGAAGCCGUUUUUCGUCAAGUGGCUCCGCGCACAGUUUGCAUUGUUCCGAAUGUUAAUGACAACACAGGGAAGCGGGACAUCGAUGGCGAACCGUUGAAGACUUUGAAAAGCUAUCGCAUGUUCAACUAUAAGUCCCCCUUACUAGGAAUACAUUUGGGUCUCCGGCAGGCAGGCAAAGUCAGGGCCAAUGAUGUUGUGUAUGUUGGGGAAAAGUAAAUCAAUCUAUUCAAUCAAUUGUUUUUUGUCGUAUGUAACUAUAGUCUUUUUGAUUAAAUAUAAUAUAA